UCUGGGUUUCAUAUGGUGAAAUACACCAGCCAUUCUCACCAGCAGUGAGAUAGUAUUUCUAAGACAGAGAAGGCUGAAGGUCUACCUGUGGCCAACAGUUGUGCCCAGCCUGUGCACACAAAUGAGAUUCUGAGAAUAAAAUUUUAAAACUCUAAAGAGAAAACAGUCAAAAAUGAACAACAAAUAAACCCAACAAACAAACAAAUACAAAAUCACCAUAUGCUCCAUAGCUCUCACCUAUAAUCUAGGUUUAGGCGAGAAGUUCCAGAAUUGGAGGUGAGACUGACCUAAAAUAAAGAGGGAGGCCAUGUAUCAAAAAAUUGAUCAACCACCAGGAAAAACCUCAUAUCAAUGUUAAUAUGAUCAGGUGAAUGCUCAGUUUUUCAUCCUAUCAGUAAUUUGGUUAAAAGUGCAGCUGUCAAGAUCAUGGAAUUUGCAUAUCUCAACUGUUCAUUAGAUCUAGAAUCUCAGGAGUUCUGGGUUUACAUCAGAUGUCAGAGAGCAAACCCUUAGGUAUAAAGUCUGCACCUGUAGCAAUCUCUGCAGGGGCAGCUGUCUGCAGUCUCUGCAUCCUCAGAUCUCACAUAGAAAUCAAACACAGGAAACUCUGCACUGAGGCUAGGGUAGGAUUGAAAGUGUAAUGUUGAGUUUUACCACACAGUGGCUUUUCAGAAAAUGAUAGCAUGGAAGUCCUGAAUCCUUGUCUAGGUGACUCAAACAUCCUCUGCUUUCCAAAUGAUUGUGGGAGGAGCUUAUGUAAAGAAUGCAAAUGUAGGCUCUAAACAAAAGUCAGAUUAAUUUCCACUUGUCAUGGAGGGGAUUCUUCAUGGCCCACCAACUCAUGAUACAUAGAAAUUCACAUCCUGGAUGUUUACACAGGAACAGGUCCUGAGAGCAAAAUGGAUUUGCUUAAACUGGAUCUGUAGCUAAUCCUUUGGCAAAUGUGUUUUCUGUUUCUAUACCUUCAAAUCUUUAGGAAGAUCAAAGUAUCAGGCUAAGUCCUUACUAUUGUGAUGUGACUGGAAAGAUAAAAAGUACAGCUUUCUCCUGUUGGACUUAAUGACUUCAAGGUAUUCCUAGGUGCUUUGUGAGUCAUCAAAUCACAUUCUGCAUUUUGAGAACUACAGGGGGAGGAGCUUAAGCAAAUCCUCUCUAUUUGAAGUUUAAGGCAAUGGGCGUGGCCAACCAAGACUUGGACCUUGAAGCCCUGCCCACUUCCUACUGAGCUGUCUUUAAGAAGACUCCAGACUCUAGAGCUGGCUACCUUUCUCCCAGGUCACCUUCAUCACGGCCUGUGCAGGUCUGAAGCCCUGGCCUCCAGCUCACAUUCUAGAGCUGCUUGGGUCUACCUCCUAGCCUCUGUCUGUCUUCAUAUUGGACUACUCUUAAGAACUUAAGCUCUCAAAACUGAAAACCUAGUUCUGCACCAUGUUUUCUGAUUCUGGAAGAGUUGAGGAACCUGAGGAGCCCCAGAAGGUCAACCCUGAACCACUGAAGGACCAGAGAGAAAAUCCAGGUGAUUCUCAGCCUGGGCCAUGCACUCCUCCGAAUGCCCCUGUGGAGACCAGUCAGCUUGCGUCAGCUCAGAGACAAGUACAGCCUACCUGUGAUGAAGCAGUGAUGAACCCUGAAUCUUGUAGCACGCCAAAGAGCCAAGUGGAACCUACCAGUAAAGAAACAGUCAUGGCAUCUAAGUCUAAAUCUAAAUGUAAGUCUAAGUCCAAAUCUAAAUCUUUGCCCCAGAAUUCAAGGGCAAAUCUCAGAAAAGACACACCUUUCCAAUUGGGAGAGUCCAGUGAGACAGUUGCUAUGAAUCAGCAAGGUGUGCCUGCUGAUCAGACUAAAUCCCCUGCAGGCUCUCAGCUGAUGAAACUCAACACCCAAGAGACGUCCCUCUCAGGGUCCCAGGGUAGAGCUGUCUCUGGCAGCAUGGAGACAGUCCAAACAGAAUUGGGCCCAGUGGAGAUCCUGAGUGGUAGGGAGACAAGUGUGACCUAUAGUGCAGCCUUGUGUGAAAGUCUGAGGAGGAAGUCUUGUAAAAAUCAAGAUGUUCUCUCUGAAAGUCAGCCUGCAUCUCCUGAAGGGAGCCAUGUAAGAUCCUUCAGUGGAGAACAUACCCGUGAUGAAGCCCCUGUAGUCACUUCUGUUUUGGACCAGACCUCCCAAGAGGAGCACCACCAAGAGAGGCCUGUCUCUGGGGACCAGACUUCGGACUCCAAUCAGAGCGCACCUAGUUCAUGUGGGGUAUGUUCCCGAGAGCAUUCGGUGCCAAUUGUGUUGUCGGUCCCCGGCUUUGAUUUAUCUAAUUUCACCUUUCUUGAUUAUUGUGGCUGUAGGCCCGAAGUUCUACCUUUUGCCGUGAGUCGCCAGUGUGACAGGAAGAAAAAGUCUAUAGGAAAAUUGGCUAUAGCUAAGCAUCCCCUGAGAAAGCCCAGUGGUGCCCAGCCACACUACUCUGGCCAGCCGGUAGCUUCUCAUGCUCAGGAUGUCUGCACAGGUCAGAGGUCAGCAGCCAGUGCCGAAGGUAGAAGUGAUCCUCAGGUGGUUUCAGGUGGAUCGCCAGGCCCCUCCCAUUUUCCUUUGACCCCAAGACAACCCCCAGAAAGUAUGCCAGAAUCCCCUGUGGUUGAGAGACAGCGUCCCCAGGAAAAAUCAGACUCUGAGUCCCAGAGCCCUGAGUCCAAGAAGAAGCCUCCCAGUUGAAGCCCAACUCGUGCCUACCAAGAUUGUGGGAAACCCUACACAAAGCUUUUACAGCUCAGAGACCAUAUGAGGAAAUGCACUGGGGAGCAGCUUUAUGUGUGCAAUGUACCUGGAUGCCCAUGCAAAUUCAUGAGCUCAGAUUCCUUCAGUAGACACAGGAGAAGCCACACUGGGGUACUGUCCUCCCAGUGUAUCUUCUGCAACUGAAUGUUUUCCAGAUCUAACACCCCAAGCAGCAUGUGAGAUGCCAUUCGCAACCAUCAUCAAUCAUCACUGAAACCUGACUGCCAACAAAGAACACCUUUCCCAGUUAAAGUUUAUUCCUUCUACCCACAACUUGGAGAACGAACCCCUACUAGCUGUCACUGUUGUUUUUAAUUGCAAAACUAAUAAAAAUGAUGAUUAUGAAACAAUUACUGUGAAAGGUAAGGAUCAAUUAUUUUGCAGAAGUCAAUUUUUUAAAUUUAUUUUUAUUUUUUUUGAGACAGGGAUCUUGUUGUACCCCUGGCUGUCCUGAACUCACAGAGAUGAGCCUGCCUGUGCCUCUGAAGUGUUGGGUUUAAGGGCAGGUGAUACCAUUACCUGGCAACUUCUCUCUUCCUUAGAGCAUAUAAUCAAUUUUUUAUACUAAAAUUAGGGUUAAUGCUAUUAGUCUACACUAAUAUACUAAGAAAACAUAAAUAUUAAGCUAUUGUUGCCAGUGUUUGUGAUACUAUAGUGAAAGAGGCUCAAUAUAUCUCCAAACACUUUUUUGGGGCUUUAAUUUUGUCAGCCAUUUGAGGUUGGAAUACUAUAUGCUUGUCCUGGCAGUGGACUUCCUAUGAGCAGGGAAUCAUUGUAUUUGGUGCAAUGUGUCUGUGGUUAAAAAACAGGGAGAAGAAACCCUGCUUCCAGAGGUUCUUUCUGAGGGGGAAGCUCACAUGAUGAGCAAAAGCAGGCACCACUGACUCCAGAAACAGCUCUUUCUUGUUCUUCCCAUCAGUCAUUUCAGGUGAACUUUCUUCUCAUGGAACCAUUUUUAUACACUUGUAAUAGGUAAAAGUUACAUGUACUUUAUGUUAUAUCUACCACCUCAGCUUGAUUCUUUCUAAAUGCCUUUUUAUAUUUCCAUUGAAGUGUGAGUUUCUGUGUGAGUGUGUGCAUGGUAUUAUUUACUGGAUGAAUCUCCACAUUUCCCACCUAAUAGGAUCCUUUCAUGUUUCUGCACUAAGUCGACAGCCAAAAUUACCAGAUGAAAUUAUAAAUUUCAAAUAUGAGACUCAGUGAUUCUUUUCCCUUGGCAUUCUUUCUCCAGUGGUUUGUAUCUUGGGUAUGCAUCAGGACAGGAGUGUGAAGUCUCUGCCUGUGCCUAAUCCUGUCCCAGGCAGUUAGUUCCUUUCAGAGCUUUGAGGUUUGGUGAGGGAUUAAUCAUUGAAACAGAAUGGUAAAUGGUCCACACAGAUUUUUCUCCUUCUGGAGGAAAGGUGUGUUUGGAUUUUCAGUGAGUGUACAAGUGUGCACUUUUUACUAUGUACAGUUUGUAAGUAGAAGAGGGUAAGCAUGAUGUGUUCAUGGGACCCUUGUGACAGCUGCUAGGGGAAGUGCUGGCUUGUUGAGCAUGGUAAGGAUGGAGGGAGAAAUAUAGAGUAUGGCACAGCCCAUUGGAAGUGGACCACAGAGUGUUGGCUAUCUGAAGAUGAUUUGAGCAGGAGAGGCUGUAAGUUUUCUCAUCUGUGCUCAAACUGGGUCUGUAGGCUAUGAAAAUCAUGAACAGAAAUAUCUGUAGAAGCAAUUUCCAUAGAACAUCAAUCAGCAAAGUAAGAGGUAUUAAAAGAAAAAGAUCAUGGCCAUAUAUACACAGGCAUUCUGAGCAUGCAUCUGAUAUUUUCAGAAAUCCAUAUAUGUUACACUGAGUUAAAACUUAAUUUCACUGUUUCUAUAUAGUUAAAAUACAUUUUUGAGACCAUGGUAUGUUGUAUGUAAGGACUUAGGGGUUACUCCUUAUUCUUUUGUUGUUGUU